AUGGAUAGCGUCCAGAAAGGUCUCCCUGAUUUAUCCUCUGAGAUUCCCCAGCGUACCUUAGAACAUAUCUUGUCGUCGGAGCCCAUCACAAACCAUUUGGACAUCUUGACAAACAUCCUCCGACAAGGGGCAACCGUUGAUGAACGGGUAGGUGCAUUGAUUCACGCAGCUUGGGAGCAUGUCCGUCGCGAGGAGCUGUGGUCCAGCCGAUUCGACAGUCUGGAUCACUAUCGCCAAUUCAUCGGUUUUGAAGAGCUUGUCAAGCCAGUCUUGCGCCGGCACAAGCGAUCUGAUCGCUCCAAGCAGCUCAGUGCUCGCAUGAUCGCGCAGCACUGGAACAGUCCUUUCCACCUGGUCUUACCCGAGACUUUGCGACCUCCCUUUUGGAGCAAACACCUGCUCAACUCGCUGGCGUCGCUCAGCCGACUCAAACCACUCCCUGAUGCAAUUCAUCUGCUUCAGGAAAGUGUGAAAAAGCGACCGCGCAGGGGCCGAACACAACCCCAUCUUCUAGCAAGUGACAUUGAACGCGUCCUCGAGGCUAUGCGGGUCCCGCGCCAGGGCAGGCGAGGCAGGAAAAAUUCUGUCAUUUCCAUUGACUCCAUUCUCACCGAGCACGAGAGCUCGACUGCGACCAUAGUCGGAUCGGACACCCACAAGGACGGAGCCUCGCCUCAAGGACCACCGGUGAUGAUCUCGGAGAAGUCGUUUUUGAAUGAUCAGAAACAAUGUCCCUGCUCGCCUAUGCUAUUUCCACUCCUAGCCAUUCUGGCCGAGAGCAAGUCUCAAUGGACUUCGCAUUUUCUGGCUAGGUUACUCCAGUGGGCGAGUCUGAUGUCGUGGGAAAGCCUCUGCACGGAUCACUUACAACAACUAUAUCGCCAUGCAACGCAGUCAGAUGGGCAGGAUCUCGAUCGGUCUCUGAUAAUUCAAAUGCUUGAGCAACUUUCGUUCACCCUCAUCGGCGAGGAGACGAGCAUGCCCGACGACUCCCCGAAUUCGAUAUCAGCCUCGGCAGCUGGGGAACGCGAAAAGCCAAUACCCAACGCAUUCAAGACUUUUGUGAAGGACGAACCAUCAUUGUGGUCAUCGCUGCAGCAAGAUGGAUAUCUUCAUAUCCCAGAUUUCUUUGCGUAUAUGGAAACGCGCGGAAUCUUCCCACGAGUACGCCAGACCUUGGCCCGAUACGCCUCCGACGACCAGGGCCAGGUUCUCAGUCAAAGGUGCUACCAAUUUCUCCAUCAAAUGAUACAACAAGACCCCGCGUAUUACGCGGUUGUCGCAUCUUGUCGUCCGGACGGGCAGUGGAGAUUACUCAAUCGGUCAAUGGACUCCGUCGCUAUCUCGGUAGCGGGCGCAAUGCUGCCCGUACCAGGAUCAGUCCAGCACGAAAGUGAUAUUCAAAGUACAGUCAUGCUGCCUACCUUCUGUGAAGAGCACUGCGUGAAUCUUGUGCCGGGGUCCCACACCAUUUUCGCGCCAUCCCGCAAGAAUGAGCACCCACCAGCAGGUGUGAUGACAGGGAAGCCGAGCUCGAUACGAAUGCAACCGGGAGAUCUGCUCCUUACCAUGCCGCAUCUGCUCCGCUUCCCGCAAACCUUCACCUCCCAUGCUUUAGUGAACCUGUCUCAGGAUGUGGCGGACUUUCAGGGACAUCCCACAGGAUGGAAUCAUCAGCCCUCCACGUCGGCUCAACCUCGGCUCUCCAAUGCUUCAGGGACAGACGAAUGCAGCGUCGAUACCGUCUCCGCGAUCGGCGAAGCCCUCAUGGGCCGUCGCGCCUGGAGCGACCGCAAGGUCUUGCAUCAGCAGAGAAUUCUCUCCGGCACGGACACGGCAGCUGCAACGAGCUUUGUCGAAAAGGUUCGCGAGAGACUUGUCUUGGAGUUUCAUGAGGCCCUGGAUAUCGUGGAGAUCAGCCACGCCGAGUCGGCUGCUGCGCUGGGUCCUGACCUUGUACUCAAGGAUGUCUCCGCAGAGACUGAUUGGGCGACUACAGAGCUGGGGAUGAGCGCUCUGCUGCAGUCGGACGCACCCUGGCUGCCCGAGUCGUUUGAUCACAUGAGUCUGCAGGAUCUGGGGCUUGAAACCCUUGGAGAGAUCGAUCUCCUGCCAACUUUAAGUUAGCGUUUGAAGAGAUAUUGCCUGUAUAAAUAAUUAUCAGGGUACCCUGGUAUUGUGGUGGGCUAUGUUAUACUUCCACCGGGCUGUACAAAUGAGUACCUACUAUUAGCAAGACACACUUCUCUUGAGCUUUGUAUUUGGGGUUGUUUUCUGUGACUUACAAGAUGAGAAAAGCUAUCUGCAAAUUGGUAAG